CAAGGCUCAUCGUCUCUCUAGCUCUUCUUCUUCUUCCAUUGUCUGACUUCCUGCUUCCCCCCAAAGAAUCCGGUGCAGAAGCCUCAACUUCACCAGUCCGUCCACAAAAAUAAUCCCUCCCCAAUUUACCCUCCCCAGGACGGACCGACUCCUCCACCUGAAGCCCCUGCAGUCUUGUGCUCUGCUCACUAAGGAAAAUUAUUCAUCUGUCCACACAACAACACUCUUUUUUCAUCUGGACUGCCUGACCCUGUGUCUUCUUGCCAUCGGAAAUAUCAAUCCUGGCCAACUAGUUCUCUUUCUUCCUUUAUUUCAUCUUUUCCCCUUUUCUCCUCCCUUGAUUCUUUUUUUUUUUUUUUUUUUUUUUUUUUGCGAUCAUCUAUCUGUUUUCCACUUGAGGCAAUAUGGAUGUCACCCAUGUUCUGGAGGGCACACUGUCUCCAGAUGCCGCGACUCGUCAGAACUCCGAACAGCAGCUCCUCCAUGCGGCGGAGGUAGACUUCACUGGGUAUCUCACAACACUUGCUCGAGAGCUUGCAAAUGAGAAUGCACCAUCCCAUGUCCGAACCGCUGCCGGUCUGGCGCUAAAGAACACAUUCACCUUCCGAGAUGUUGCGAGGCUGCGCGAAGUUCAGGGGAGAUGGAUCCAACAGAUUAACCAAGAUAUUAAAAAUCAGGUGAAGGGGCUCGCGAUCCAGACGCUGGAUUCGAAGGAUGCUCGCGCUAGCCACUCUGCCGCCCAGUUCAUUGUCUCCAUAGCCGCUAUCGAGCUUCCUCGUAAUGAAUGGCCGGAGUUGAUGGGCAUUCUAGUCCAAAAUGUCGCGACUGGGAGUGAUGUCUUGAAGCAGUCCUCCUUGGUCACUAUCGGUUUUAUCUGCGAAUCACAGGAUCCCGAACUCCGGGAGAGUCUGUCGGCACACUCAAAUGCCAUCUUGACUGCAGUCGUUCAAGGUGCUCGGCGUGAGGAGCCGAAUAUGGAUGUUCGUAAUGCUGCCAUCACUGCUCUCAGCGACUCGAUUGAUUUCGUGCGAUCCAACAUGGAUAAUGAAGGAGAGCGGAAUUAUAUCAUGCAGGUCGUCUGCGAGGCUACGCAGGCCGAAGAUGUUCGCAUCCAGGCUGGCGCUUUCGGUUGUCUGAAUCGUAUCAUGGGCUCCUACUAUGAUAAGAUGCGCUUCUACAUGGAAAAGGCCUUGUUUGGCCUGAGCAUCAUUGGCAUGAAGAGCGAAGAGGAAGACGUUGCCAAGCUUGCUAUUGAAUUUUGGUGCACUAUUUGUGAAGAAGAGAUCGCCAUUGAAGAUGAUAAUGCUGCUGCUCAAGCAGAGGGCUCUACCGACAUUCGUCCCUUCUUCGGUUUUGCACAUGUUGCGUGUAGAGAAGUCGUUCCGGUCCUCCUAUUGGACAUGUGCAAGCAGGACGAAGAUGCUACCGAGGAUGAGUACAAUGUGUCGCGCGCGGCAUACCAAGCUUUGCAGCUUUAUGCCCAAUGUGUUCAGGGCGAUGUUAUCCAGCCCGUCUUGACUUUUGUUGAGGAUAACAUUCGCAGUCAGGACUGGCGUUGUCGCGAUGCGGCUGUCGCCUCCUUCGGCGCCAUUAUGGACGGUCCAGACCCCAAGGUCUUGGAACCAUUAGUCAAACAGGCUCUCCCUGUCCUUAUUGGCAUGAUGCAAGAUCCCUCUAUCCAGGUCCGCGAUUCUACUGCCUACGCCUUGGGUCGCGUGUGUGACUUCUGUUCCGAAACCCUCGACCCCGACGUCCACCUGCAACCUCUUAUUUCUUGCCUGUUCAAUGGCCUUGCCAGUACUUCCAAGAUCGCCAGCUCCUGCUGCUGGGCACUCAUGAACGUUGCCGACCGGUUUGCUGGUGAGCCCGGUGCCCAGACAAACCCACUAUCGAAACACUUUGAGGAAAGCCUGAAGUCUCUUCUCGCAGUUACCGAGAGACAAGAUGCCGAUAACCAGCUCCGCACCGCGGGAUAUGAGGUUAUCAACUCCUUCGUCACAAAUGCUGCAAAUGACAAUCUUCCCACUGUGGCAACCCUGUCAAACGUCGUCAUUGAACGUCUGCAACAGACUGUACCCAUGCAACAACAGGUUGUAAGCGUAGAGGAUCGUAUUACUUUGGAAGAGAUGCAGACUAGCUUGACUAGCGUGCUACUUGCUAUUGUCCAACGUCUGGAGACAGACAUCAAGCCGCAAGCCGAUAAUAUCAUGCACGUACUGCUCCAGAUCUUGGGAACUGUGCCUCCUAAGUCAAGUGUACCUGAUAUUGUAUUCGCUACCGCCGGUGCCAUCGCUACCGCGUUGGAGGAGGAAUUUACCAAGUACAUGGACUCGUUCACCCCAUUCUUGUAUAAUGCACUGGGCAACCUAGAGGAGCCAGGGCUCUGCUCUAUGGCCAUUGGUCUGGUCAGCGACAUUGCGAGGGCAUUGAAUGAGAAGGUUCAGCCGUACUGUGAUGACUUCAUGAAUUAUUUGUUGAACGACCUGAGGAGCGCCUCCAAUCAGCUGAAGCCCGCGAUCCUGGAAACAUUCGGUGACAUCGCUCAGGCUAUCGGGACACAAUUCAACACUUACCUGCCCGUAGUUGGCCAGGUCCUCCAGACAGCUUCGAAUGUCACUACAAGCACUGAUGUUUCCUUUGAAAUGCUGGAAUACAUAACCUCGCUCCGCGAAGGCAUCAUGGAUGCUUGGGGUGGUAUCCUUCUUUCCUACAAGGGCACCCCUCAUGUCUCCAUGCUGCAACCUUUCGUCGAGUCGAUUUUCCAACUCCUUCACCUCAUCUCCCAAGAUGCGAGCCGGAGUGAGGCAUUAAUGAGAGCGUCCAUGGGUGUUCUUGGGGACCUGGCGGAUACCUUCCCCAAUGGCGAGUUUGCCGCUUACUUCCGAAACGAAUGGGUCGGUGAACUGGUAAAAGAGACCAGGUUGAACAGGGAGUACAGCCAGCGUACAAUCGACACCGCUCGUUGGACCCGUGAGCAGGUCAAGCGUCAAAUCAGCCUGGCUACCGCUGCCAUGGCUUAAAAGACAACAAUGUCUCCGUUCUUAAGACGCUGAUCUCGGUCCCGAGAUGGCUCCCCUGGGUGUACCGAGGGACGUGAGGCCGUUAUUUCCGCUAUAUGCUGAAAAUGUACCUCCUUACAUCGAUUGCAAGGACAUGCCGUCGCCAGACAAACCAACCCCCCAGCAGAGUCCAUCCUUUGCCUGUGCUCUCACCGAACAUUACAUAUCGGUACACAGAGUUGGAUGCUCCACGCUAACCCUUUGCCGUCAAUUCUCGUCACCCGAAAAUUGCACGGCUGAAGCUUUUCCCCGUCCCCGACUUACCCGAAGACUCACCCAACAUUCCCGCUUACCCGACUGGCAUUCUAGGUAUAUCUUCCCCUAGUUUUCGGACAUGUGUUCUGUUACAUUCCCCUUCCCCGAAUAGAUGCCAUCACACAUCCUUCACAUGCAUUUCCCCCUACCCCUUUAUGUAUGUUCCUUUCUCCCUUACUAUUAUUACUAUCUUGGUUUUUUUCCCCCCUUGUUCUACAUGUUUUCUAAUUAGACAAAGACCCCGUAUUUUGAUAGCCUAUCCCCUUCAUGUAUGCCCAAGAAGUCAUGUAAGCCUAUUGAAGAAAGUACCGUUGAUACAAAGUUGUGUUUUCGCCCAAAACCUCAUCCUUUCCAAAUGUAAUUGAAUGUUCUAGCACAGAAAUGAUGUUGGUGAAGUCGAAAAAAAGCCAAUUCCAUGUACGGAGUAAACAAAAACACAUAAACAGAGCGUUUUUUAUAGACACGAGUGCCUGGGUCCGAUGUAAUGCUGGAUUUUG